AUGAACCAGCCUCAACAAGGCCAGCAACUCGCGACGCUUUUGCGUGGAAAACUCAACGACCAUGGCACUAGCAUUCCUGGCAACUUCAGCGGCUUCGAUAUCUCUCGCUCCAGCUCUGCACCACCAACCAACCAAGCUCAAUCGCGCUUCGGCCUGGGACCAGGAUUCGAUUCGCAACCCUCCAACGACCUUCGCUCAGAGACCGACUACAACAGCUUCUAUAUGUCCUCUUCCCGCCAAGAACCUCAUCUCGCUCUGUCAGGCAUGUACUCCCCAGGAUUGUCGUGGCAGAUGUGGUCCUCGGCAGGAGGUGGAGGAGGAGGGUUUGGAGACGAAUCAGAGGAGCUCAAAGGUGUCACAGAGUCUAGCUCCCGUCUCGGGGGUCAAGAUCCCAACGAGGAGAAUACCAGGACUACUUCCUCUUCACUUCACCCCAGGGAUGCCGAUCCUGUCUCGCUAUGGAGACAAGACAUCAAUGUGCCAGAGAUCCCACGGAGUGAGACCCAUUCGCCCUUGUUGUCGCGCUACGGACUCGAGCCACCGCGCAGCGUUGCCUCAAUGCCCAGCUCGCCUCUCUUUGGAGCACACACUACCGACCAUAUGAGCCACAUUUGGGCACCAACGGUAUCGUCACCUACAAACGAUUUUCCUAGAUCGCCCUCCCCUCUUCUCAACAUUCAGCACCACAGCCAUCUGUCUACACCGCAACCACAGUAUCUGAGCACAGGACAUCCCUCAAGCCAGUUGCUCAGAUCUCCUUUAUCACAGACCACGACACUGCCUCAUGAAGGUCAGGAUUCGCCCGAUUUGGAGGAGCAAAUGCGUGGAGUAGGACUUGGCCCUGACGACCUCGACGAUAGAUCUUCCCAGCUCAAGUCUGUCUUAAAUGCCGCAUUAGAUGGUGGGGACGAGGAACGGAUACCUUCGUUGGGCAGUGCUCGCUCUCCAUUGUUCCACACCAAGUUUGCACCCCCGACGCGUUCUUCCUCAACUCCUCCUAUCCACAGCCGUAAUUUUUCGAGAAACGUCCCUCCUGGCUUCUCAAAUGAUCAACGAAGCGACCGGUCCACCUCUGAGCUGGAGUUUGGCAUGCAGAACCUCCUUUUCACCGAUGCUGACGAUGACUUGGCCAUCCAGCAGGCAAACAUCAGGCGUCAACAAUACGAGUUGAACCAGCAACAAUUGAAGUUACAGCAUUUGCAGCAGCAGAGGCUCCAGCAGCUUCACCAGAAGCAGCCUGUCCAUGGGUCCCACACCCCCGUCACCGCCUACUCACCGUACUUUGACAGCAAUACUAUGCUCAAGGACCCCCGUUUGAUUAACCCUCAGUAUGGAUACGACUAUAAUCUCAUGACAACUUCUGGAUACCUUGCACAAAAGGAUCAUUUUGCCCCAGUCCAACAAGAUUUCCAUUCGAUGUUUGAGGGACACGACGAGGCAUCCUUGGGAUUCAGAGCCAAUGAUUUGGCUUAUGACCCACGUCGCAUGAACUCUGCGAUUGGUCUGUCUCCAGAGUACCAAAAGGCAGCUCUUCUCCAGAUGCAGCAACAGCAGCGGCAGCAAGGCGGCAUCUACUCACCCAAUCCCAUGAGCCCUAGCUCGUUCGCUUCAGACUUUAAUAAUGCUGGUGGUAGCGCACGAGGAUCUGCCAUGAAUUCUCCUAAUCUCGCCCAAUUGGACCCUCGUUUGGCUACAACCAACGCGGCUGCUGAACAAAAGCUUCGUCUUCAGUCUCAACAGACCCUGCUCCAGCACCAGCAGUUGUUGCUCUUACAACAACAACAACAACAACAGCAGCAACAACAACAACAGCAGUUGCAACACCCACAGGCCGUUUCAGGGUCCCAGCAGCAGACACAUCCUCACCAUUCGUCGAAGCAAAACCAAGGAUCAAAGCAGCAGGGACGAUCAAAGUCGUCUCAUGGCGGACGUCACAACAAGGGAGGUCAGGACUCCUCCAAGCACUCCGAGCCUGACCAGGCGUCUUCUUGGUCGAGUGCCAAUGCUAGCCCACCUCACAGCGCCCAUCGACAUGCCCACAAGGACGAUGAAGCCGACUUCGAGGUCCACGCUUCAGAGGGUGGCCAUGGCCAGCGUAGCGCAUUGUUGGAGGACUUUAGAAACAACAAGAGUAACAAGAAAUACGAGCUCAAGGAUAUUGCGGGAAGUGUGGUCGAGUUCAGUAGCGAUCAGCAUGGUUCUCGUUUCAUCCAGCAAAAGCUCGAGACAGCAACUGACGAGGAGAAGCAGAUGGUCUUUGAGGAGAUUAUGCCUCACGCCCUGCAGCUGAUGACAGACGUUUUUGGCAACUAUGUGAUCCAAAAGUUCUUCGAGCACGGCCAGCAGGACCAAAAGACCGCAUUGGCCAAGCAGAUGGAGGGCCAUGUCUUGUCACUGGCCCUGCAGAUGUACGGCUGCCGUGUUGUGCAGAAAGGUCUGGAGCAUGUCCUGAGCGAUCAGCAGGCGAUUCUUGUCAAGGAGUUGGACGGCAAUGUGUUGAAGUGUGUCAAGGAUCAGAACGGCAACCAUGUGAUCCAAAAGGCGAUUGAGUGUGUUCCUGCGGAGCAUAUUCAGUUUAUCAUUGGAGCCUUUACUGGACAGGUGUAUUCUCUUGCGACCCACCCUUAUGGUUGCCGAGUGAUCCAACGCAUGUUUGAGCACUGUGCCGAUACCAAAACUCCCCUGAUGGAUGAGUUGCACAAGUAUAUCCCCAACUUGGUUCAGGAUCAAUACGGCAACUAUGUUAUCCAGCAUAUCCUUGAGCGUGGUCAACCCUCCGAGAAAUCGCUGGUGGUCUCAAAGAUAUAUGGCCAGGUCCUGCCUCUGAGCAAGCACAAGUUUGCGAGUAAUGUGGUGGAAAAGUGUGUCGCCUAUGGAUCGAAACUGGACCGCCAAAAGCUGAUUGAGGAAGUGAUCACGACCAAACCUGACGGAACUUCGCCGUUGGUGUUGAUGAUGAAGGACCAGUUUGCCAACUAUGUUGUGCAAAAGAUGCUGGAUGUUGUUGAUGGCGACCAACGGGAUGUCCUUGUUGCCAAGAUCAAGCCUCACUUGGGAUCUUUGAAGAAGUAUACCUACGGCAAGCAUCUCAUCGCCAAGGUGGAGAGGUUGAUGGCGAUGCAGGAUCCUCAGGCCGCCCACUCGGAGAGCCUUCUUGGACCCCGAUCUGCUACCCCCACACCCACUUCUCCCCGGCCCAGCCAUGCCACUUCUUCUUAA